AUGUCCGACUUCGCUGCGUACCACGCCAUGGGCACAGGCUCUCCAAAUCCGAAUGAUCCGAAUAGACAGCGCCCGCCAGUUGCCGCGAGUCCUGCUGGCUACUACCAGGCUGGAAGCCCUGCAAUGGCUCCACCUCCGGGCCAGUAUGCGGGCACACCAGCGCAGUAUGGGACGCCAGUCCAGCAGCAUGAAGGGUACUUUCCACAGCAGGGGGCACCACAAGCGCACCCCCAAUAUCAGGGCGAUCAGGACAUGAACAAUCUGACAGGACAGAUGGGCGCGGUCGGGCUGGGUGUCGAUCAGGCGGCGCAACCAAAGCACAAGAAGAAGAACAGGCAUGCAUAUCACAACAUUGAAGGUCCUGGAGGCAGUCAGCAAGCCUUCAAUGGCGCGCCUCAGAAUGGUAUACCGUCGCAAUUUAUGAAUCAGAACUCGCCGCAGCCGGGAGGAGCGCAAUGGAUGGAGCCUCAAAUCACCCCCGCCAUGAGCCAAUUCCCUGCACCAGUGAAUCCGCUGUUCAGCCCAGGAGCGCAAGCUUCGCCCAUGCAAUACGCAGCAAGAACACCGGCGGCGCCUCAUCAGCCAGGAGGUGCCGCCGUAGGCUCAGCCCAAGGACGUGUUGAUCCCGAGCAGAUACCCAGUGUGCCCAAAUCGCGAGAUGCGCCAGCGAGAUACUACCUCGAGCAUGUGUACCCGACCAUGGAGCACCACCUACCACCUCCCGCCACCGUUCCGUUCGUUGCCUUUGACCAAGGCAAUUCCUCACCUAAAUUCGCACGCUUAACACUCAACAACAUUCCGCUCACCGCACAAGCUCUCGCUGCAACUUCCCUACCCCUUGGAAUGGUUCUACAACCGCUGGCUACUCAGCAGGAAGGUGAACAGGCCAUACCGGUACUAGACUUUGGCGAGAUUGGGCCACCCAGGUGUGCAAGAUGUAGAGCGUACAUCAAUCCAUUCAUGCAGUUCAAGGCUGGCGGAAACAAGGUCGUAUGCAACCUUUGUACAUAUCCCAACGACGUUCCCGGAGAAUACUUUGCGCCUACAGAUCAGUCUGGUGUAAGAACAGACAGAUUGCAACGACCGGAGCUUACACUUGGCACGGUUGACUUCUUGGUACCGAAGGAAUACUGGUCCAAGGAGCCUGUUGGGCUACGUUGGCUAUUCUUGGUUGAUGUCACGGCCGAGGCUGUCAAUCGUGGCUUUCUCCAUGGCUUCUGCGAAGGUAUAAUGAGCGCAUUGUACGGCGAUUCGAAAAGCGAGACCGAUGAGACCGAACCCACAUGUCGGAUACCAAAAGGUGCCAAGAUUGGCAUUGUGACUUUCGACAAAGAAAUGCAUUUCUACAACCUCAAUCCCAAUUUGACAAGCGCUCAGAUGCUGGUCAUGUCCGAUCUUGAGGAUCCUUUCUUGCCAUUCAGCGAAGGCUUGUUCGUUGACCCUGUGGAAUCCAAGACAGUCAUCACAUCCCUCCUCACGCAACUACCAAAUAUGUUCUCUGAAGUCAAGAAUCCUGAGCCGGCCCUACUUCCUACCCUGAACUCUGCGGUGGCAGCUUUGUCAGCCACAGGCGGAAAAAUAGUAUGUUCGUUGGCUGCGCUUCCCACCUGGGGUCCUGGAAGAUUGAUGCUUCGUGACGACGGUAAUAUGCACAACACCGACGCUGAGAGGAAGCUUCUCCAGACCGAACAUCCAGGGUUUAAAAAGAUUGCCGAGAAGAUGGUACAAAAUGGCAUUGGUGUGGACUUUUUUCUGGCAGCACCGAGCGGCGGCUACCUUGAUAUUGCAACUAUCGGUCAUGUUUCUGCCAUAACAGGUGGAGAAGUCUUCUACUACCCAAACUUCCACUCACCCAGGGACUUACUCAAGCUGUCCAAGGAGAUCCAGCAUACAGUCACACGAGAAACCGGUUAUCAAGCGCUGAUGAAGGUUCGAUGCUCAAACGGUCUGCAGGUCUCCGGUUACCACGGGAACUUUUACCACCACACUUUCGGUGCCGACUUGGAGUUUGGAGUCAUCGAUGCUGACAAGGCCAUUGGUGUCAUGUUCAGUUACGAUGGCAAACUAGACCCUAAGCUUGAUGCUCACUUCCAAAGUGCACUUCUCUACACGACUGCCGGCGGCGAGCGACGAGUACGAUGCACCAAUAUUGUGGCUAGCGUGAGCGCAAAUACUGGUGAAUGCAUGAAGUUUGUCGACCAGGAUGCCGUAGUGAACAUCAUCGCCAAGGAAGCUGCUGCGCGUAUGACGGAGAAGAGUCUCAAAGACAUCAGAGGAGCUUUGACCGAGAAGACUGUAGAUAUCCUUGCUGGCUACAGAAAGAACUUUACCGGCAACAACCCUCCUGGUCAACUCGUGCUACCGGAGAACCUCAAGGAGUUCGGCAUGUAUAUUCUCGGGCUGAUCAAGUCGAGAGCCUUCAAGGGCGGCAAGGAACCUACGGAUAGGAGAGUUCAUGAUAUGCGGAUGAUUAAAUCGAUGGGUCCGUUGGAACUGUCGCUAUACCUUUACCCACGGAUUAUCGCGAUCCACAAUCUUGACCCGACAGAUGGUUUUGCCAACGAGAAAGGACAUCUGGUAAUGCCCGAAGGCAUACGAGCGUCUUUCUCCAAGGUAGAAGAAGGCGGUGCAUAUAUUGUGGAUAACGGACAAGUAUGCUUGCUAUGGCUGCACGCACAGGUCUCGCCCAACCUACUCGAAGACCUUUUCGGCGAAGGCAACAACAGUCUAAAAGCGCUCGACCCCUUCCAAUCCACCUUGCCCAUCCUCGAGACCCACCUCAAUGCACAAGUGCGGAACAUUUUGCAAUACCUAGAGACGACCAGAGCGUCCAAGGCUCUGACCAUUCAACUUGCCCGACAAGGCCUGGACGGUGCCGAAUACGAAUUCGCCAGGCUGCUGUAUGAAGACCGGAACAACGAGGCCCAAAGCUAUGUAGACUGGCUUGUGCAUGUACACAGACAUAUACAACUAGAGCUUGCCGGUCAACGAAAGAAAGAAGACUCGGGUGACGGUGUGGGAUCAACGUUUGUGGGUCUGCGAACACCGUACUGGGGCUAA